AUGCUAUCCUGUAAGACUUGGGUGUUUUUGCUCUUGUUUUGGACGGUGAAUGGAUACAAAUUGAAUGUGCCUCGACUCUUGUUGCCGUACCAUCCGUCGGUUCCGAUGCGUUUCGAGCUAGAAGUGGGAACACCUUCUGGAGGAUGCUUUAAAUGGAGAUCAAAUCGACCGGAUGUUGUAAAAGUGAACCCACUUGGUCAUCGAGAUUGUUCGGAUCGCGCUGAAGUGGUGGCAACGGCAAAAGUUGCAGGAACACAUAAUGCAGUGAUCUUCGCGGAUGAUACUGAUGGAGGAGCCACUCUAAGUUGCGUUGUUACAAUUGAUGAGGUGGCUACGAUAGUGAUUGAACACACGACAAAAGUGCUCUACGUGGAUGCCGCUCCUGCACCGAUUACCGUCGUUGCUUUCAAUGCUGAUGGCGACAAGUUUUCGACUUUGGGUGAACUACCAUUUGAAUGGGAUGUCAGCGAUAAUGGAGGAGAGUUACGACCAUUACGUAUUGUGCCAUUUGAGCAGAGCAAAUAUCGAGCGCCUCGAGAUAUUCAAGAACUUGAAAGUCAAAAGAAGAAAGGUUAUCUCGUCUUGCUUGAAGGUCUUUCAUCUGGCUCGUCGACUGUGCAGACAAAAUUUCAGGAUUCAUAUUUUGCAAAAGUUGCUGCAAGCAGCCUUGAUUUGGUUGUGGUUGCGAAUUUGUUACUCGAACCGGCAUACGAUAUCUUCAUACCUGUUUAUUCCGACAUACAUUUCGUUGUCAAGAUCGUGAAAGAGCAAGGAGUCGAAGAAGUUCCGAUGCCUUCGCCUCUUUAUACGUUGAGGUUGGAGGACAAUAAAAUUUGUUCACUAAAUUCUGCUCAAUCAAUUGUGACUGCUCUGAGCAAAGGAACGACAAAUCUACUUUUACACACAGAGAACAUCGAUGCAAAAACAACGAAAAACGCGGCCGUUCGACCUCCAUCUACAAAGAUUCAAGUUGUUGAUCCAGAGAGUCUACAGUUUGCGAUUUCCGGAAAUAACUGGGUUUUGGAGAAAGACCGUGUUUACACAAUUGGGAUAAAUUUGUUGGAUCCACAUGGGAAUCACAUGUUCAUUGCUGAUAAUGCUCGGUUCGAAACGGUUUUGCCAUUGGACUACUUUGAAAUUGUCAAGACAACGAACAACGGAACUCACUUUGAAGUUAAAGCUAGAAAAUCUGGACGAGUAACGCUUCGAUCAAAGUUGACUUCUUUCAUUACAGAGGGUGGUAUUGAGAUUUUCAUAAAACGCAAAGUCGUCGGAGAGCAACAAUUGGAAAUUGUUGAUCCAAUCACUGUUAUUCCGAAGCAAGUGAUCUUCCCCUAUCUGGUGCAAAAGAAGUUCGAAUAUCCAUUGAAGGCAAUCGGUGGUAGCGGCUCAUUCUCUUGGCUCUCUGGCAACAGAGCAGUAUGUGAUGUGGAUGAUACAGGGCUGAGUCGAUCAGGUGAACUUGGCUGGACGCUAGUCACUGCCGUUGAUCGAAAAAAUCCUUCAAUCUUUGGGACUUCAAAGAUUGGCGUGCUUGAAGCAAUUUCACUUGACUUUGGGAAAACGCGGAAAGAAGUGGAAGUGGGCAAAGUUCUCUACUUAAACGUGCAACUCUACGGACUUGAUCGAGAAAAAGGGCAAAGACAUAUUCCUUUCACUGACUGCCGAAAUGUACCGUUCACCGUUGAGGUGCAAAAUCACGCUUAUUUUCAUUAUGAAAAAGAUAUUCCGUCACAAAUUCCUACGGAGGGGACGGGAUGCGGGACGAUCGCUUUGAAGGCUAUCAAAUCUGGAGAUACGCGUAUCACUGUCAAGUAUGACAAGUAUUCGGCAACGAUCGAUGUCUCUGCUUUUCCAGCUCUGAAGAUAAUAGAAGAUGAACUAUUAAUUCCGAUUGGUGGUGCAUUCAAACUGAUUGUUGAAGGAGGUCCUCGUCCUUGGCUACUUGAUCCAUCACAAUUCUUCAUUGAAGGAAAAUCAGCGAACUCGCAAGCUGUUUCCAGCAAAUGGCAUGAAAAACUACUUUUCACGUGUGGACAGCAAUCAGCAACGACCGUUGAUGUGGUUGUUGGAAACCAGCCUACCACCUCGAAUGAAAUACCAGCAGUGGUUUCGUCGACGAUUCGGAUUUGCUGUGUGAUGCCAUCGCGAUUAGGACUGAAAGUGGAGGAAAAGAAAAAAGAGGGCAACGCCCCAAAAUGUCCAUCCUCGGCUGUUACACCGAUUCUUUCUUCCGAACGCUUCAACAUUGGAGUUACUGCUUUUGGCCGUUGUGAUGAAAGCGAAGAAGAACGCUCGAUGGUUGGAAUCGAUUCAAUGGAAUUGGAAUGGGGCCUACCUGGUGAUGGGAAAAAUUUUUUGAGCUUGGGAAAAACAACUCAAUUCACUGACGAUCAAACAAACAGAGGCUGGAUCGAUGCAACACCAAAAGGGAAGGUUGGCAACGUGCGUGUUUCUGUCAAAUCAACACGAUCGGGAUCACAACGACUUCCCAAUCCAGUCGCUGGCAAUCUGGACAUUAAAUUGGUCAAUCGGGCGAGCACGGUUCCAUCCUCUUUGGUUCUGUGGAAUGAUGUGACUGCAACGGCAAAGUUGAGCAUUGAAGGCGGGUCGGGACACUUCCAUCUUGUUGAUCGAUCCGAGUUUUAUGACGCACAAGUUACCAGCAAAGAAAUUAUUGUUUCACCUCGUAAAACUGGCAGUGCUCCGCUUCGUCUUCUGGAUUUGUGCCUUGGUUCGGCUUUGUUAGAAGUGCCCAUCAAGAUUACGGACAUUCAUUCGCUACGGAUUCGAGCGCCUUCUCACGUGGAAGUUUCUUCUCGCGUGACUGUCAAUGUUGAUGUUGUUGAUGUCGAAGGAGAACCAUUUUCCGCGGAUUACGUUUCUGUGAUGAAUUUGGAACUCGAAACUGAUAGCACUUCCGCAAAGAUUACAAGAGAUUCUGGAAUGCGUUUUCACCUUGAUGCAAAGGCGGUCGGUGAAGUAAAAUUGAUUGCCUCAGCUCGAGCAUCAAGUGGCAGCCCGAUUCAAAGUCGGCAACAUAUUUUGCAGAUCUACGCACCAAUUAAACUUUAUCCAAGAACGGUGACGUUGAUUCCGGAGAGUACAUUCCAGCUGGAAAUUGUUGGCGGCCCUCGGCCAACUCCACCAGUUUCUUUUACGCUCAAUAACACAAAAUCGAUGCGAAUUGAAUCCAACGCUCUCAUCACUUCGUUGACCACACUCGGAAAUACUCUUGUCACGGGGACAAUCAAUCAAGACAAUGGACAAAGCACCUCGGAUUCUGUUGUGGUGAGAGUGGUUUCCCUUGCCGGUAUUCGACUUCGUGUUUCUACCAAUCGAGCAAAGACGGGAGCAAAGGUUUCGGCCCGUGUGGAUGGUCUGCAAGAUGAUGAAACUCCUUACUCAUUCGGUGGCGCCACUUAUCCAUUUAAGGUGAAAUGGUCUGUAUCUGAUCCAACGGUUCUUAUGAUCGAUUCGUCAUACCUUGGCAACGCUUUGACUGAAGGAGAACAAAAUCGAUUCGGCGUGUCAUUAUCAGCUAGGGCAGGGGGACGAGUGGCGAUCAAAGUAGAAGUGCAGAUGCAUCCUUCAGCUCGCUUACACUUUCAGAAUAAACAGCAAUUGUUCGAGGCCGAGACGACAGUAAUCGUUGACGAAGCUCCUGCCUUAAUUGAUCCAAAGUUGCCGAUUUCAAUGAUCAAUAUCGCUCCGGAUGCCGAAUACAAAUUGAAGAGCACAUGGAAUGACGGACAAACGACUUUUUCGGUUCCAACAGCUUUCUCUUCGCUUGCAACCGUCUCAAAAGCUGGUCACCUGCGGACUCAUUCGAUCACCGGAUCUGCUGGAAUUCUUUUGGCACGGACCUCGGCGGAACUCAACGAAAGUGUAAUCGUGCCUCUACAGGUAUCGGCUGUCGGAUCACUAUGGGUCGACGUUGUGCCUCCAUUGACGAACGCACAUGCCCAUACUUUAAUGGCUCUUCCCGUUGGACUAACUCUGAAUCUCAAAGUUUACUUCCGUGAUCGCUCUGGGCUACGUUUACUCGCAGCUGCAAACAAGAUUCAGUAUCGACCUCAUAGAUUCGAUCUGACCGACAUCAGUGCUUCAAAUCAAAAUCGAACGAUCACAAUCACAUUGAAAACCCCCGGAGAAACUGUGCUGAGAAUUUGGGACUCCGAUGAAAGAAAUUUGCAAACAUUUAUCAGAAUUUACGCGCUCGACCAAUUGACGCCAAAUUCAAAACGAUCCAUUGUUGUUUCGGAUCUCAUCUGCUUUGUAAAUCCUGUUGAGGGAGUCGCUGAGUGGAGAAUUGAUGGAGAAGAACAACUGCAACUUUUACAAGGAUCAAUCGGCCUUGCAAAGAAACCUGGAAACGUUGUUGUGGAAAUGAAAAGCGAUCAGGGAUUGAGUAUGCAUGCUACGAUUUUGAUUAAUCCUGUUGGCUACGUUGGAUUUUCUUCAAGUCAAUCAUCAGCGUUCGUUUCAAAUUUUGCCGGCGAAAGCUUUGUUUUUCCACUACACAUUGCUCGACACUCCAACGAGUCAACCAAGGAAACUAGUGUAAUUGGAUGUGCAAAGGAUCAACCACUACCUCGUUUGAGUGCUCCUAUCACUUGCUCAAUUCACUUUUCGAAUCAACUGGCGUUUUCUGCUUCACAUCUUUUCACUGCCAAAAGCACCUUUGACGAAACAAAGGGUUUGUAUGCCUGUGUUAUUCAAGAACAAGUGGCUGGUCGUGUUCCUCUAUCGAUCGUUGACACAAAACCUACGGAUAUUAUUGUCACUGCCAACUGGAACGAUAAACAUGCUUCAAAUAUUCCGGAUGCUGUGAUCACGCGUCCUUUCUACAUGGCCUUUGAGAUUUUGGAUAAACAACUGACUCUUUCUUCGCUUCCAUCCCAUCAAGCACCUGGAGCAGUGCUAUCGAUUCGUGUCCCACCCGCUCAAUUGUCAAAAAUUGCAGCUUCUGGUUGCGCGGAUUGGGUUACGAUUACAGAGACGACUGGAGCACAUUCCCUCAAUGCCAACAAGCACUACCUCAUUCAGACAAAGCGUGGGAACUCUGUACAACCUGGUCACAUUGAGAAAUGUGAAAUCACCAUUAGCAACGCGCUCACAGGGCAAGCAGGCAGUGUGGCAAUAAACAUUCGAGGAAUUGACAAGAUGACCGCUCAAUUAACAGGCGCUGAAUCAGCAACUUUCCUUCAGCUAUUGUUCUCCUUGGCACAUUCAUUUUCUUGGCUGUUCAUCCCAUUGAUGACACUCUGCAUUGCCGCUAUUAUUUUGAUCGCAGUGUGGUUGAUACUUCGCUCAGGCUCGGUCAAGUUGGGAACUGCGGCAAACAAUGUUGCUGGUGGAGUUUUUGCUUCCGAUCGGUCCAAUCCAAAUAUCUCCUAUCAAAGCUCCGCUGGGUCAUCUCCUUCAGCAAGCUACGUUUGGCGUGAAUCACCACCGCGUUAUCAUUCAACACCAAUCGACAACACACCAACACUUGGACCGAUCGGCUCCGGAGGCUCUCCCCAGCUAUGGACUUCAUCGAAUAUUCGUCGGCGAUUG